CUGGAGGCAGGCCGAUGCAGUCAGUCCACACAGCCACCCGGAAGGCACAGCACCUCGUGCGCGUGUCUGCCGCCCCCGCUGUGGCAUCGAGUCCACACACCGUCUACAGCGCCACCCCCGCCGCCCGCGCCGCCCCCUGCGACCUCCGGAACCAAAAUGAUCACCUCGUGGACACGAAGCCGUGGACCCGGCUUGCAGACGGCGGUGCUGGUGUGUGCCAUGCUGGGCCUGACCAAGCAGGUCCUCACAGUGACGGUGCUGCAGAACAAACCCGACUUUCUCAAGACCUGCUUUAUGGACGCGCCCGGGUUUCCUCAGUGCUCCAAGGAGUCCGUGCAGGGGCUGUUCGACAAACUGAGCGUGGGAAUGCCGGAGAUCGGCAUAGUACCCAUGGAUCCUCUCAAUGUGACCGAGGUGCGGAUCUUCCAGGGUGACGGUCCCGUCAACGUCAACGCGAAGCUGAGAAACGUUAAGAUUGUCGGCUUCUCUGGUGCCAGAAUCGAAUCCAACACUGUGGAUCCCGAGACGUACAGCUUCGUGACAAAGCUGCGCAUCCCCAAGCUGCGCAUCGACGGCGAGUACUCGCUGCGGGGACGCGUGCUGCUGCUGCCGCUGCAGGGCCACGGCACCUGCUGGUUUGAACCACACAACCUGGACGUGACGUCUUCCCAGGACCUCGGGGUGGUAUAUCGCGACGGUCAGCGUUUCUUCGACAUGAAGGACGUUCGAGUCGACUUCAAGCUCGGCGGUCUCAAGAUGCGGAUGAACAACCUGUUCGACGGGCUCCGCAGCCUCGAGGAAACGACGAACACAUACAUCAACUCGAACUGGCGCCCAGUGGCCGAGUCAUUGCACCCUAUCCUUACCAAGACCAUCGAGGACAUUCUGUACCUGGUGUUGAAGCAGCUGUUCGAUAGCGUGCCCGCUGACUUUUUCAUCGGGGACAUUAAGGACCACGCCGACGAGAUAAUGCAGGCAAUGGUAGCGCGGAAUAUCGUGGCGCGCCACAGCGGCAGUCUGACCGGCAACGCGUCGGCGGUCCUGCCGGGCAUCCCGUCAUCGACGACCACCAAGCCCCACGGCUAAACAAGGGCGACCCCGCCCGCUGGGCACCGGAACGCGGUACAAACAAACGUUGUUCCGGAGGCUCGACAUACAAAGAUUACUUUCACUGCCAACCGAAGCGAAUACUAUUUGGUAAACAUUACCGUGUAAGUUUAAAUCGUUUUGGAGAACCAAUUUCGGUGUCAAAAAGUUGUCAUUCAUAUUUGGCUCUGAGAUUUAAAGAGAAUUCAGUUUUUUCUCCAAACUGCACAUUUUUGAGAGGCAUACAUAAUUUGAUUCGUUUGUCGGCCUAUCGAAUGAAAACCAGAGACUGUCAUUCUAGGCACGUCUUUGCAAUUGUUACGGCCACUUGGUAUUCAUAUUCCGUUAAAAGAUAAUUUUCUGAAAAACAUUUUGUGUAAAGGAAGUGUUUUCUUUUUCAAUCUCAUUUUUGAUUUUUUUUACCUAUGUAGGUUUAGACUAGUUUUAAGAUUUCUACCUUAAAAUGUACAAACAACCAAAAAGCAUGAUUAUUGUUGCUUUUGAAUAUUUUAGUAGAGUAAGUUCAUCCUGGGUUUAAAAUCCAAAUCAAGAGUUCCUGAUAAGUCAAAAGCCAAAUUGUUGUUUUUUAAAAAAGUCAGAACUAAUAAAAAUUUAUUACAUAACACUUAUUUACAUAA